AAGGUGAGGUCACUGGUGAGUUGUGAUCACUUUCAACUGCUUCUUUCUCAAUAGUACUAUUUUCUUUCAUUAUCUCUUCAAGCUUUUCAUGUUCUGUUCCUUCUUAGUUUUCAAGUGGAGUUUAGUAUGUACUAUAUUAGAACAAUUAUGUUUCUUUCAUCUAUCAACUUUACAUUUUUAUCACACCUUAUUUUUUGUUUUUUAAUAUUUGUUUGAAUGAAUUGUCUUUAGUCCUGUUGUUACAACCUACUAGUGGUUUGACGUGGAUUUAGAUUCUCUCCUGCCUUUUGGUUCAACCCUCUCUCAUUUUUCUAAUCCAAAUGUGAAUAGUUAGUUCAUAAAGAACAAAAAAAAUUAGUCUAGAAGAGAGAAUAAAAGAUGAAUGGUUGAGAUUAGUGCUGAAUGAACAACAUGAGAGAAGAUGCAUCAGAGGAUUGAAAUCCAUCCGACAUCUUACUCUACCCUAGUUUGAUUCUCGGACUCCACACUUCCAAACAUACGGGAGGGGGGAGUGUGGAGUCCCAGAAUCGAACUAGGGAAAUUCAAAAGCGUUGACAUUGAGGAUGGGUAAAAGUAAAACAAUUCAGUUGAGAGGAUUCCCUAAUGAUGUUACCGCGCUUGAUGUAAAGAGACUUGUGGAGAAGUAUACCGGUGAAGGAAGUGUAUUUGCUACGAUAAUAAGAGAAUGCAAAGGCCGUGAUAAAAAAUCAUUUGCAAAUAUUCAAUUCACUACUGCAGAGCAUGCUACAGAUAUGAUGGCGUUACCCUCACCUGUCAGACAUUUGUUAGCAUUGCGGUACGGGAGCUACGAUUUCAAAGUUCUGGAAAUGGAAAGAGAUAUCGUUCCAAAGCCAAGGGAGGUUUUGGCCUGUUUGGAUGAUGUGAAACUGUAUUUUGGCUGUCAGAUCUCAAAGGAAAGAUUUUCUGUUUUAUGGAAUGAGUCGGAUGUUAGAGUAGAAUUUGGGAUUGGAAUGAGAAAGUGGCGAUUCUCUAUGCGCCAUAACGAUAGGAAGUUCAAACUUGAGCUUUCGUAUGAGAAUAUUUGGAAGAUUGAGCUGCAUCAACCACAGGGUAAAACUGCAAAGUAUCUAUUGAUUCAGUUACUAGGUGCUCCUCGGGUUUAUGAGCUUAAUAUUCCUAAUUCAGAUGUUGAUGUAUAUAACAUAUACAAUGAUCCUUUGAAGAACUAUAAUAAGGAUUCCCCUGAUGACCAAUGGAUUCGUGCAAUAGAUUUCACUCCUUGCAGUUGUAUUGGGCAGUCUUCUUCUAUAUGUGUAGAGCUUCCUAGUAACAGAGAUUUUCCAAAUUUUCGGGAAAACUGUGCUCAUUAUGAGGAAAGUGAGGGUCAAUACACAUUGCAGAUCGGAUCACCUUUUUCUUCCAAUCCGGAUGUUGUCCCUAUGGUUGCUCCUCCUCAAGGAAUUCGAAUUCCAUUUGACAUCCUGUUUAAGGUCAAUUCAUUGGUUCAGCACGGGUGUGUUUCAGGUUCUGAACUCGAUAAUCAUUUCUAUCGUCUAGUGGAUCCACUUAGAAUAAACGUCGAUUUUAUCGAGCAUGCCUUAGAGAAGAUGUACUAUGCAAAGGAUUUCUGUUAUGAACCAGUAAAAUGGCUGAAAGAUCAAUACAGAAUGUACCUUGGUGCAAAAGUCCCACCCCGCUCACCUACUAUAUCUUUGGAUAAUGGGUUGGUAUACAUUCGCAGGGCUCAGAUAACACCAUGCAAAGUAUACUUUUGUGGUCCAGAGAUUAAUGUCUCGAAUCGUGUUCUCCGUAAUUUCCAUGAACAUAUCGAUAACUUUCUGCGUGUUUCAUUUGUUGACGAGGAGUUGGAUAAUCUGUAUUCAGCAGAUUUAUCUACACGUAAUUCUGAGCGUGGGAGAACUGGGAUAUACUAUAGAAUUCUUUCCAUCCUUAUGAAUGGCUUAGAUAUUGGUGGUAAGAAGUUCGAAUUUCUAGCUUUCUCAUCAAGUCAGUUGCGUGAAAAUUCCCUAUGGAUGUUUGCUCGUACAACAACUGGAGUUACUGCAGAUUUCAUAAGGGCAUGGAUGGGAGAUUUUAGCCGGAUACGAAAUGUGGCUAAAUAUGCUGCUAGACUCGGACAAUCUUUUGGUUCGUCUACCGAAACUCUAAGUGUCAGCAGGGACGAAAUUGAAAUUAUUCCUGACGCGAAGGUUAAACACGGUGCAACCGAAUAUGUCUUCUCUGAUGGAAUUGGGAAAAUAUCUCUUGAACUUGCACGGAAGGUGGCUAAAAAAUGUGGGUAUGAUUCAAUUCCAUCCGCGUUUCAGAUUCGAUAUGGCGGGUACAAAGGAGUUGUGGCUGUUGAUCCAACCUCGUCUGUGAAGCUGUCACUGAGGAAGAGUAUGCACAAGUAUGAAUCAGAUAACAUAAAAUUGGAUGUUUUGGCAUGUAGUAAGGUUCAACCUUGUUAUCUGAAUCGGCAGUUGAUCACUCUCUUAUCCACUCUCGAUGUCAAGGACGGUGUUUUCGAGAAAAAACAGAAAGAAGCUGUUGAUCAACUGAACACAAUACUAACAGAUUCAACAAAGGCACAGGAGAUUUUGGACUUGAUGUCUUCCGGAGAGGUCACUAAUAUUCUGAAGGAGAUGCUUAUUUGUGGCUACAAGCCUAAUGUUGAACCAUUUCUUUCGAUGAUGCUGCAGACAUUUAGGGCAUCGAAACUGUUGGAAUUGCGACAAAAAACUAGGAUAUUUAUUCCAAAAGGAAGAGCAAUGAUGGGAGUUCUAGAUGAAACAAGAACCCUAGAAUAUGGUGAAGUUUUUGUUCAAUAUUCUAACAAUAAGCUCAGCAAUAUUUCUCAUGUAGUUAAAGGUAAGGUAGUAGUAGCGAAAAACCCCUGCUUGCACCCGGGCGAUGUGCGUGUUUUGACGGCUGUGGAUGUGCCAGAUCUGCGGCACAUGGUGGAUUGCGUUGUUUUCCCUCAAAAAGGUCGCAGGCCACAUCCAAAUGAAUGUUCCGGAAGCGAUCUAGACGGGGACAUCUACUUUGUUUGUUGGGAUUCUGAAUUAAUUCCACCUAGAACAAAUGAACCAAUGGAGUAUGAUUCUGCACAACCUAAUGUAUUGGGUCGUGAUGUGGAGAUCGAGGAUGUGCAGCAGUACUUUGUCAAUUACAUACUCAAUGACAGUCUUGGAAUAAUUGCCAAUGCACACACUGUUCAUGCAGAUAGAGAGCCUCUUAAAGCAAUGGCUGAUCCGUGUAUUAAACUUGCAAAGCUAUUCUCAACAGCAGUCGACUUUCCAAAAACCGGUACCCCAGCAGAAAUACCUUCUCAUCUUUUCGCCAGAGAAUAUCCAGACUUCAUGGAAAAGCUUGACAAACCCACCUACAAAUCAAAGAAUGUUAUAGGAAAACUCUUUAGGGAAAUUCAAGGGAUUUCGACAAAGGACGGCUCCAUUACAUCCUUCACACUUGAAGUGGCUAAGAAUUCGUAUGAUCCUGACAUGAAAUUUGAAGGCUUUAUGGAUUAUGUCGAUGAUGCAUUCUAUUACAAAAGCAAUUAUGACUACAAGUUGGGAAAUCUGAUGGACUACUAUGGUAUCAAAACCGAAUCAGAAAUCCUUAGUGGCAAUAUUAUGAAAAUGUCAAAAUCUUUCACCAAAAGAAGGGAUGCGGAUGCGGAUGCGAUUACUAUGGCUGUAAAUUCCUUAAGGAAAGAGGCGCGGAGUUGGUUCAAUGAAGGCGGCACUGGUGUAGAUUCUGGAAGUGAUGAUGCAUAUGCAAAAGCUUCUGCUUGGUACCAUGUUACUUACCAUCAUCAUUACUAUGGUCUGUACAAUGAAGGUAUGAAUAGGGACCAUUUUCUAAGCUUUCCAUGGUGUGUUUACAAUUUGCUUGUGCAAAUCAAGAAGGAGAAAGUAAGGUUGAGGAUGCAUGCUAGCAUGGAACGAAGUUUCAGUCAUCGCCUGCGCCUUGAUUGACGACUCUGCUCAUGGUUGUUGAACUUUGCAUGUACAUAUUUAUGGUAUUGCCAUGAUAUAUAAUUUUUAUCAACAUUUUCUUCUUAUCAUUUGUGAGUAUGAUGCAAACUCAGUGGUAUUAUUAAUGGAUCUUUCUCUGUUUCUUCUUGUUUUGAUUGAAAGUAUGAACUUAUCUUUA